CAGAGGAAUCUGCGGAGCGAUGGGUGAAGUGUUUACGGUGUGAGAAACAAACUUUCUGCGUGUUUCUGCUUCGAGAAUAAACUCAGAACUUUGAUUCAUCUUCUCCUUAGUUUACUCAGAGUCCAGUCGCUCCACCAAACCAAACAUCUGCGGAGUUUCUCGCGUUGUAAGCUCCAGUUAGGAGACUGUUUGUGAAGCUGAAAAUGAGACUUCAGUGAGGGGUUGGGGACCGAGCCGAGCCGAGCUCCCCCUGUGAAAGUCACCGAGGGGUUGGAUCCUCGGACAGAAAGAAUGAGAGCAUGAAGCGGAUUCUGUGGAUUGUCGUGUUUUUCCUGCAGAACUUUGAAGGAGGCUGUGAGAGCGGUGUGAUCUUCACAAAGAAUCCGUCCAAUCAGACAGUGUCUCAGGGCAACGCUGCACGGCUAGGCUGUGCCGUUCUCGGUGUUACAGAGCCCGAAAUCGUUUGGAUGAAAGAUGGAGAAAAACUUUACAGCACGGAUCAGAUGUUCAUCACGCUGGGAGAGACGCACUGGGAGACCUUCUACAG